GCUUCUUUAUAAGAAUCAAAGCUACGAGAUUCUCUUAUCUUGCUGCAAAAACAUGUUAGCUAACACCUAUCUCAUCUCUUCCAACUUCACUUCGCUCCCACACACAACUCCAAAACUGAAACCUUCGCUCCAAGCUCACAACUUUAACAGCAUUUCUUUUUCACUUCCCAAAACAAACACCACCUCAAGAUUCCCACUAUUCCUUAAACCCCACAACCUUAAAGCCUCAGUUUUCCCAUUUCACAAACGGGUUCUUCUCCAAAGAUGUCACAGCAUCUUAGAUUCUAAGAACUUAGAUGAAGAAGAAAACCCAGUUUUAGAUGAUAAAAAGUCUUCAGUUUUGGAGAGCAAAGUUAAUGUUCAAGAGGGAAGAGACUGGACAACCUCAAUUUUGCUUUUUGUGUUGUGGGGUGGUCUUAUGUACUAUGUUUUCAAUCUUUCUCCUAACCAAACCCCGUCAAGGGACAUUUAUUUCUUGAAGAAGCUUCUGAAUUUGAAGGGAGAUGAUGGCUUUGUGAUGAAUGAAGUGCUUGUGUCUCUCUGGUACAUCAUGGGUUUGUGGCCUUUAGUAUAUAGUAUGUUGCUGCUUCCAACAGGUAGAAGCUCAAAAAGCAACAUUCCUGUCUGGCCAUUCCUUAUACUUUCAUGCUUUGGUGGUGCAUAUGCUCUUCUGCCCUAUUUUGUUCUUUGGAAUCCCCCACCUCCUCCGGUUGAGGAAACCGAGCUCAGCCGAUGGCCUUUGAAUUUUCUGGAAUCCAAAUUAAUAGCUGGGAUAUCAUUUCUUGCAGGACUGGGGUUGAUCAUUUAUGCCGGUUUAGCGAGUGGUGAUGUCUGGACAGAGUUUGUCCAAUACUUCAGGGAAAGCAAAUUCAUUCACCUGACGUGCAUUGAUUUUACUCUACUUUCUACAUUUGCUCCUUUUUGGGUAUACAAUGAUAUGACUGCCCGGAAAUGGUAUGACAAAGGUUCUUGGCUUCUUCCUGUGUCAUUGGUACCAUUUUUAGGUCCGGCAUUGUAUCUUUUCUUACGGCCAUCACUCUCAGAAAUGCCUGUUUCACUGGGCAAAGCCUCAUCAGAGCAAGAGUAAAUUUUGAAUUCUCCAUUUUGCUUUAUAUCAAAACCUAAAAGGAAAUGGUCACAGUUGACAACGACAUAUAUAAGAUGAGAAGACCACAGCUCAUGUAUAUACACAGAUAGUUUUGAGAACACUCAGAAACGCUAGGAAGCUCAUUUCGUCUUGCUCAAGAACUAAGAUCAGAAACUCUCCACAGAUCUUUCUGGUCAACAUCCUCGUAUUUCUUGGAUUCUUCAUUUCUCUUGGUUACUUGAGUAUCCACUGUUUACUGAAAGAGAGAUGUAGAAAAUACCAGUUCCAUGGAUGUGACAAUGUUCAUACUUAGAGAACUUGAUUUGUACGACUCGUUAAAUUAUGAUUUGAUAAAUUAAUAAACCUUCUG